AUGUCUGAAUUUGAGCAUGAAUCAAUUGAAAAUUUAUAUUCUAAAUUAUGUCUUGAUUUAAAUAUGGAUAUUGAAACAAAAGAAGAUGCAUGGCGUUCAUAUGAACAUAUUCGUAAACAUUAUGUUCUAGAAGGUGAUCAAUUGCAUUGGUUAGCUGUAUCAUUAUAUGUAUCUUGUCGACGUAAUAGAUUUUUAACUUCAAUUGAUAAUAAUCCAAUAUCAAUAUCACGUUUAUUGAAAAGUGCAAAUCAUUUAGAAUUAAUAGUUUUUUUUGAUAAAUUACAUAAAUGGGAAGAUAUGGCAAAUUUACCUGAUUCAAUUAGAUUUAAAAUUGAUCAAGUUGAACAUGCAUUUAAUAUAUCAUCAAUCAUAUUUGAAAAGUAUACAAAAAUAUUUAUUGAAAUAUUUGGUGGAAAUCAAUAUAAAUUAAUUCAUUCUGAUUAUCAAUAUAGAAGAACAUCAAAUCAAAUAAAUCCGAAAUUAAAUCAAAAAAAUAAAGCCAAUAAAUUAAAUCAUCAUGAUUUAUAUUCAUUGAUUUGGACUAUUUAUGCUUUAGCAAAAACAAUUUAUCCAUCAACUAUAAAUGAUCUUAUUGCUUCAUUUCAUUUACUUAUUUCUUCGUUUAUUUUUAUUUAUGAUUAUUCAAAAUUGAAUAAAUUAGAUUAUUUAAUAAAAGGUUCUUGUUUAAAUGAACUAUGUUCAUCCGAUGGAACAAUAAUUGAUAAAUUAAGUGAAAAAUAUUCAUGCUCAUCUGAAAUGUGCCGAACAAUAAUUGAAGAACAUUUAAAAAGUGAUUUAAUUAAAUGUAUCAAUAAAAGUGAAAAUUUCUUGAAUGAAAAUAAUUAUUUGGAAACAAUUCGUGAUAUAAAUCGACAAUAUGAUGAAAUCGUUUUAACUAAUUGUAUAAUUGAUGAGAGAAUCUUUUUGGAAAAUCAAAAUCAAUUAAAUGAUUUAUUAUCAAAUUUAAAUGAGAAUCGCUAUUCAAAAUCUUAUCAAAAUCGAACACCAAUAACAGCAAGUCAACAUUUGACAUCGAAUGACUAUCAAACAAAUAAUUCAAAUCAAUUUUUAACACCUAUUUCGCAAGCAAAUCAAUUAAUUAACGUUUUAUUUGAAAUUAUUAAAGAUCAACAAUCAACAAAACCAUCAAAUAAUCUUCAAUUCAUUAUUGGUCAACAAACGUUUCUAGAUGAUCUAGUCGAACGUUUAAAUGAAUGGGAAAAUAUAUUUAAUAAAUCGUAUGACUCAAUUGAAGAAAUAAAUAAUUUUAAUAAACAGUUAAAUCCGUCACGAUCGUGUCAAUCUCGUUUUGAUUUAUCAUUGAAGUUAUUUUAUAAUUCUCUCGAAAAUAUUUUAACUAUUGAAAAAAAACGUUUGGAAUCAAUUCAAUCCAAUUCUCAACAACAAAUUCAACAAUCAUUUCAAAAAUUAAUAUUGAAUAAUCAAUUUUUAAAAUCUCUUCUUGGUUUAUGCAUAUUAUUAGUAUUAUAUUCACAUAAUGAUAAAUAUCAUGAUUUCAAUUGGUUAUUAAAUAUCUAUUCAUUACAUGGUUAUUCUUUUUUAAAAAUAAUACAAAUAUUUUUAAAAACAUCAAAACAAAUAUCGAAAGGUCGACAAUUUAUAAAAUAUUUAUCGUCAAUAGAAGAAAUAAUAAUAUCUUCAAUGGCAUUUUCAAAUGAUUCAUCACUGUGGAAUGAUAUUGAAUUAAAAGGAAUUUUAAAAUAUAAUCAAAUUCAAUUGAUUCAUUUAAAAAAAAAUGAUUCAUUAUCACCAAAUAAUCAUUUAACUCCUAUAUUUAUUCAAUCACCAAAUAAAAAUAAUGUUUCAAGAAAAUUAUUUCAAUCUUCAACAACAACGAUCACUCCAAAUCAAUUCAAUAAUAAUUUAUCAUUGAUUCGAAGUCAAUCCGAUGGAAUUGUUGAAAAAACUGUUAAGUUAUGUCCAUAUUCAAUGUUUUAUCGUCGAUUAUAUGAUCUAGUAUCAUCUCGUCUUGAUAUACUUUGUCUUCGUUUAUUUUCUUCUCAAUCAAAUCAAAUUGAAAAAUUAAUUUGGAAUUUUUUUAUAUAUUUAUUUGAAAAUUAUCUAGAAUUAUUAUUUCGUUCAAGAGAUUUAGAUCAAAUAUUAUUAUCGUCAAUUUAUUUUAUAUCAAAUUCAAAAUUAAUUCAAAAUAAUCAAGAAUUAACAUGGACACGUUUAAUUCAAUCCUAUAAAUCAAUGCCAAAUGCAAAAUUAAAAACACUUCGAUCUGUAUUUAUACGUUCCAUUAAUCAACAGAACGAUUUUAUUAUUAAUCAAGAUAGUUAUCGUGAAAAUCCAUGUUUAACACCAUCCAAACCAGCGGGAACAAUUCAUAUUAUUGAUGGAAACAUGUUUGGUGAUAUAACUAGUUUUUAUAAAGAAAUCUUUCUAAAAAUUGAUAAUCUGGAAAAGAGUUUUGAAAAUUAUUUAAAAACAAAUGAAUUAAUUGAAAUUCCAAAUCGAAUGAAACCGAAUGAGAAUCAAAAAACAACAAAUAAUAUUUCAAUUAAUAUUGGUCAAAAUAUUUUUAUUGAUUAUUCAUCAAAUAAAAUUCAAUCGAAUUUAUUUUCAUCAAACAAUUUGAAAGCAAAUUCAUACCAAACUAAUUCUCAAAAUAAGUCAACAUCCAAUGUUUUAUCAUCAUCUAUUCAAGCAGGUGCAAAUAACACAGUCCGAACAACUCGAAUACGAACUGAAGAUGGAAAAUUUUUAACAACAAUUUCUACAAUAUCAAAGUUAACAAAUAACAAUAGUGAUGAUAUUCAAGAAAAUAUUUUUAUUGAAAAAAAUCAAACCAAUCUUUUAUUUGGUCAAUCCAAUAAUAAUUCAAUUAAACGAACACUUUCACAAGAUUCAAACUCAAAUUGUUUAACAAGUUUAACAAAAAAAGUUUUACAAAUUGAAAAUGAUCGGCAAAAACUUGAACAAAAUUAA